AUGGGCUCGUGGGAGCUGGCCCUGUGGGACCCGCGCGGCGUCCACCCCCUGCUCGUCGCGGCGCCCCCUGGGCGCUGUCCCGACUCGUCGCGGCGCCCCCGGGGCGUCGCCCCUGCUCGUCGCGGCGCCCCCUGGGCGUCGUCCCUGCUCGUCGCAACACCCCUGGGGCGUCGCCCUUGCUCGUCGCGGGGCCCCCUGGGCGCCGUCCCUGCUCGUCGCGACGCCCCCAGGGCGUCGCCCCUGCUCGUCGCGGCGCCCCCUGGGCGCCGUUCCUGCUCGUCGCGGCGCCCCCGGGGCGUCGCCCCUCCUCGUCGCGGCGCCCCCUGGGCGCCUUCCUUGCUCGUCGCGGCGCCCCCAGGGCGCCUUCCCUACUCGUCGCGGCGCCCCCGGGGCGUCGCCCCUGCUCGCCGCGGCGCCCCCGGGCGCCAUCCCUGCUCGUCGCGGCGCCCCCUGGGCGCCAUCCCUGCUCGUCGCGGCACCCCCGGGGCGUCGCCCCUGCUCGUCGCGGCGCCCCCUGCAGCAGCUACCUCGGAGCCCCGCCCUGCAGCAGCUGCCGCGGAGCCCCUUGCCGCUGUCGCGGCUCCGCCCUACAGCAGCUGCCGUGGAGCCGUCUGCAGCAGUCGCGGCCCCGCCCUGCAACAGCGGCCGCGGAGCCCCCUGCCGCCGUCGCUGUGA